GUCGAGGCCCACCGCCGCCUCCUCCUUCUACUACUAUCCUCUCAGUGGGUCCCCGAUGAUUUCACUGCCAACAACCUCAUAGCCCGGCUCCUCGAUUCUCGUCGAACACCAAAUCUCACCCUCCAGCUCAUCAAUCAGCUCAAUUUCUGUAGCCCUGAUUUCCUUCCUUCGUUGAUUAACUAUAAUCGGCUAAUUGACCAGUUUUGUUACUUGGGUCAGGUAUCAGAAGCUCGAAGUUUGUUGGGGUGCAUGUUGAGUAGAGGGCGCAGGCCUGACGUGGUUUCUUACACUACGUUGGUUAAUGGGUAUGUGAGAAUUGGGCAGUUGGAUGAUGCACACAAGGUGUUUGAUGAAAUGUCACAGUUGGGUAUUUCGCCGAAUUCGUUGACUUUGAGCAUUUUGAUCAAAGGGGUUUUUAGGAAGAGGAGGGUGGAGGAGGGGAAGGAGUUAAUGGUGAAGCUCUGGGCGAAGAUGAGAGAGGAGAAGAACGAACAUCCGUCUGUGAAAAAUGCUGCAUUUGCGAAUUUGAUUGAUUCUUUGUGUCGAGAAGGGUUUUUCCAUGAGGUUUUUAGAAUUGCGGAGGCAAUGCCACAGGGGAUAUUGGUAAAUGAGGAGUUUGCUUAUGGUCAGAUGAUCGAUUCGCUUUGUAGAGCUGGAAGGCAUCAUGGAGCUUCGAGAAUUGUUUAUAUAAUGAGGAAGAGAGGGUUUUUUCCGAGCUUGGUUUCAUAUAAUAGUAUAGUUCAUGGAUUAAGCAAGAGGAAAGGUUGUAUGAGAGCUUAUCAGUUGUUUAAAGAAGGGAUUGAGUUUGGGUAUUUGCUACCGGAACCUACAUAUAAAGUACUUGUGGAGAGUCUUUGCAGAGAGAGGGAUCUUAACAAAGCUAAGGAUGUAACAGAGUUCACGUUAGGGAUCAGUGGUGCUGAUAAAACUAAAGUUUAUAACAUAUUUUUAAGUGCUCUUCGUUUUGUCGACAGUCCGAGUGAACAACUCAAUGUUCUUAUAUCGAUGCUUCGUAAGCAAUGUAAACCGGAUAUUGUCACACUUAACACUAUUAUUCAUGGCUUCUGCAAGAUUCGGAAGGUUACUGAAGCUAAAAAGAUACUAAAUGACAUGUUAGAUGGCAAAUUUUGUGCUCCUGAUGUGGUUACCUUUACUACGGUUAUUGGUGGACUUCUUGAUGUGGGAAAAACCGAAGAAGCCCUUCAUCUCCUAAACCGAGUAAUGCCUGAUUGCUCGUGUUCUCCUAAUGUUGUCACUUACAAUGUGGUUCUUUUUGGAUUGUGUAAGCUAAAAAAAGCUUGUGAGGCAAUGGAAAUUUUCAAACACAUGGAAGGCAAGGGCAUUUCCCCUGACAGUACUACAUAUACUGCAAUAAUCGAAGGGUUGUGUGAAGUGGGUCAGCUCGAGGAGGCAAAAGGGUUUUGGGAUGAUGUUAUAUGGCCUUCUAAGAUUCAUGAUGACUAUGUUUAUGCUGCAAUUCUUAGAGGUUUAUGCCGUUUAGAGAAAUUUGAGGCUGCCUGUGAUUUCUUAUAUGAGUUGGUAGAUUGUGGUAUUUGUCCAGGGAUUGUAAACUAUAAUAUCCUUAUUGAUGCUGCUUGUAUGGUUGGAUUAAAGAAGGAGGCUUAUCAGCUAUUGGGUGAGAUGAGGAAGAAUGGAUUGAAGCCGGAUGCUGUGACGUGGAGGAUUUUAGGUAAGUUGCAUGGAAAGAAAACAAAGAUGCAUGUUGAUGGAAAUAGAUGUUUAGAAACCGAGAAUCAAGUAAGUGUAGAAGGAGAAUUGGAGAAUAAUACUGGGAAAAUUGUGGAUCAUGAGGUGGAUGAUUACGAUGAGAAUAAAAAGCAUGGAGAACCACUAGAAGGCCUUGUAGAUUCAUGUUUCUCCACUGGAAGUUUAGAAGAUAUAAUAAAUGAGGAGCCUACUGUUACAAGAAAGGUUGAUCUUGAUCCAAAGAAGGAAGAAUCACCAAAAGUGAAUAAGAAGGAACCCUUAUCAAGGAUUGCUAGGAGGGUUUUUGAGAUCCUCUGAGAGAAGAUGUACAGGAAAAGCUAACUUAGAACAAAAAAUAGUGUAAACUUUUGUGCAAUGGAAACUUGUUUACAUGAGUGAGCAAGACUUUAUCCUAAAACUAGGAUGUGAAUGCUGAUUAUUGAUAAAUUUUAUGGUGCAGAUUGAGAAUAAGGCAUAGAUUUGUUGGAAUGCCAUGCUAGUUAUAUAUAUUAAAAACGGAUUUGGCAUUUGAGUUUCGACAACUCUUACUGGUUAUUAGUUCUUUGACAGGACUUUGAUGCACAUCUCUUUCAUUGACUACUGAAGCUAUAGGAAGAGGAAUAUGAACAAGUUGAAGAGAUCAGCUGGGGCCUAAAUGAUUGAACUUGUCAGAAUCUGAGGGGAUUCUAGGAGAUGGAACUAGGAUGCACUCUGCAUACAAUAAAGACAAGUUUGAAUAUGAAUUAAAUGGUCUGGUGGAUAGUCAUUGAGGCAUCAAAAUAUAUUUUCUUCUCUGCUAAACCAACUAAAGACGGAUAAAGCAAACGACUGUAGAGCUUGAACAUAUCUAUCAUAUAUCAAUGAAGAUCUACAUUCAUCUUUUUGUCUUGUGCUUCAGCAUUGUUUGUCCACCUGCUGAUGAAAUUUGCAGCCAUUUUUCUGUUUCCACUGUAGUGAAUCCACUUCACAAUUUCAUGUCCAGAAUUUCGUUGAUGAAGGUAAAUACGGAAGACAAAGGGAGAUUCAUCACUUCGCAGUGUCAUUUAUCAUGCCUUCAACAAUGGUGUUAUCUUCCCACUACCUAAAGAUCCCUCUGCUUUGUGACAGAUGAAGAUAUUGAACAAAGAGAAUUCAAUUUAUACGAUGGUAUCAGAAGUGACAUUUUCCAGUGAAACAUAAUACAACUGUUGACAUAUCACAUUGAUAUCGUACUCAGCUCGACAGCCUCUUUUCAUAUAAGGAGCACUAAUAAGAUCUCCAGGCUUUGUCACGGAUGAAGAUGUAAAAAGAAGGGAAUACGAACUAUAUGAUACUAUCAGAAGCGAACAACAUUUUACGUUUAAUCCUCCCAUGCACUUCCUUUUACAUCUCACAAUGAAAUGGUAUUCAAAGUUGACCAGAGUGAUGAAUAGAGAUUGAUGUUGUACUCUGCUAGGCAGCCUCUCAUGAUCAUAUAUGGAGCACUAGUAAGAACCUCCAGGGAUAUAUCUAUGAUUUGCAGUUAACAUGGGAGGUGUGAUUAAGAAAAUAAAAAAUAAAAAGCCUCUUUUAUCCAUUGGCAUAUCAAGGAUUUCAUUCCAAAUUUCAUUCAGAGGGAAAUUUGAGUCCAGUAUUUCCAUAAAGCACAAUCAAGCACUAGCCGUUUUCGGAAACUGAGUACUAGUUCUAUGAGAAUUGAAUCUUCUUCAGGAGGUAUCGUAUGCUUACUUUGUCAUGAUAAACAUAGGGUACAUCUCUGAAUUGAGUUUUAUGAUGAGUCGUACGUGUUUCAGAUGAAUUUGUAUAGCAUUAUUACGAGCAAAUUCAUGAGAUAAUUCAUCAGAUACGCAUGCUAGAUACACCUCUGUCAUGAGUUUGAGCUUUCAUUUUGAAGCGGA